AUGCGUGCCUUCCAAUCAUACCCAAAAUACUCCUUCGACUAUGCAGUAGCAGACCCUCACACCGGAGAUCAUAAGACGCAGUGGGAGAGCCGAGAUGGUGAUGUUGUCAAAGGUGCUUACUCUCUUGCCGAACCAGAUGGCACUACUCGCAUCGUUGAAUACACAGCUGACAAAAUCCACGGUUUCAAUGCCGUUGUCAAACGCAUUGGUCAUGCGCACCACCCGCAACACUACAACACUCACAGCUCAGGUGGCUACUACUCUCACUACUAG